AUGAAAAAUUCUGCACUGGUUGCCGUUUUUCUGUUUUCCGGUUUCGUUCAAUGGGCAAUGGCUGAUUGCCCGGCUUGCCCAACGGGAGGAGUUUGGAGUGCUUGGAAUCGGACGACAACAUGCACGGCGACUUGUGGAAUGAACGGGCAGUUGUUGCAAAGGAGAACCUGUCUCUCGUACAGUUGGGGAUGCCCGUGCACCGGUCCCUACUCCCGAGCGUACACAUGUCCAAAUAAUCCCUGUGGUGUCGCCCCACAAUGUGCCAAUCCCUACACCGUCCAGAGCAGCAACAACAAAUGUGGCCCGAUUCCCGCCGAUCCCACUCCGUCCAAUGUGACUUGUUCUGAGACGGCCGAUAUCUGCUGGUGUCCUCCAUCAGGCGUUUGGAGUGCGUGGGUGAACAAUGGAACGUGUUCGGCGACGUGUGGAAUUUGCGGGACGAUUCCACAAUAUCGCACUUGUCUCUCCGAAGAUUGGGGCUGCAAUUGCACCGGCAAUGCUGCUCGCGUGAAAACUUGUCCCAAUGUUCUUUGCACCACCGGCGCCGAGUGUUGCAAUGGGAAAUCGGCGGUAACCAAUUUGCAAACGAACACCGAAAUUUGCGGUGUCGUCAUCCCCGACGAUCCCGUCUACAGCCAACCGUGUCAAUGCGCCACUUGCAACGCAGGAACGAUGACCAAAGUCGUCGCUUCGCCCUAUUCACCGUUUACUAUAACGACCGUCAACAAGAAUGGAUGCUAUCGAUACAUUGCUAAGUGUACAUCAAUCACUGGACACCCAGCGAAUAUUGAGUUCAACGACGGGGAUAACGGAGUGAAGGCCGGCACACCGGGUAUCCAAGUGAGCAUUGAUUGCGCGUCGGACGGCUCGGGUUGGCAUGAUUUGACAUUAACAACAGCUCUUGCAAAUGAGUCGAGUGCGAUUGUCAAC